AUGAGACAGUCCUAUAGACUUUGUCAGUAUAAACAAAUUGCAUUGUCAUGGUCAGUGUUGUGCUUGUCUGAUUGGCAGAAAGGAAAGGUUAAACUGGGUCAGUUGGACUUGGAGGGAGCCCUGAUUGCCAGAGACCGAGUUGGCAUCCAGGACUUUGUGCUUCUUGAUGCCCACAACAGUGAGACAGCCUUCCUGGACAAUCUAAAGAAGCGUUUCACAGAGGAUUUGAUAUAUACUUACAUAGGUACUUUGCUGAUAUCUGUAAACCCUUACAAAGAAUUGGACAUCUACACCAAGAAACAAAUGGACCUGUACAUGGGAGUGAACUUCUUUGAGCUGCCCCCUCAUAUAUAUGCAUUAGCAGAUAAUGUCUAUCACACCAUGCUAUCAGAAGCCAACAACAACUUUAUUUUGAUAUCUGGGGAGAGUGGAGCAGGCAAAACUGAGGCCUCCAAGAAGAUUUUGCAGUACUAUGCGGUCAGCUGCCCUAGUUCCACCUUACUGGACACUGUGAGAGACCGCAUGCUCAUGUCCAACCCUGUACUAGAGGCCUUUGGAAAUGCAAAAACGAUGAAAAAUGACAACUCCAGCCGGUUUGGAAAGUAUAUGGACAUCCAGUUUGAUUGCCAGGGAGAUGCUGUUGGUGGCCACAUCCUCAGCUAUCUGCUGGAAAAGUCUAGAGUGGUUCACCAAAACCAUGGUGAGAGAAACUUUCAUAUUUUCUACCAGCUGGUGGAGGGAGGAGAGGAAGACCUACUGAGGCACCUGGGCUUGGAGAAGGACACUAAACGUUAUAGUUAUUUAGUGCAGGGAGAAUGUUCCAAUGUGAGCUCCAUUAAUGACAAGAAUGACUGGAAAACUGUUAAAAAUGCAUUAUCCGUCAUUGACUUUGAUGCUAAUGACAUUGAGCACCUCUUUGGGAUUAUAGCUAGUGUGAUCCAUCUGGGGAACGUGCACUUUGAUGGAGACACUAAAGGUUAUGCUUCUAAACACUAAUGCAGCACUGCGUGGGUAUCCAAGCUUUUAGGAAUCCAUGUACAGGUCCUUCAUGAAGCUCUGACAUUCAGGAAGAUUGAAGCCAAAUCAGAGGAGGUUCUGAGUCCAUUUACUGUUGAUCUUGCUAUCUGUGCUAGAGAUGCCCUGGCCAAAGCCAUUUAUGGCCGUGCCUUCACAUGGCUGGUCAACAGGAUCAAUGAGUCUCUGGAGAAUAAAGUAAAUUCUGGGAGGAAGACAGUCAUCGGAUUGUUAGACAUCUAUGGAUUUGAGGUAUUCUCUGUUAACAGUUUUGAGCAGUUUUGCAUCAACUACUGCAAUGAGAAGCUACAGCAGCUCUUCAUUCAGUUGACACUGAAGGCUGAACAAGAGGAAUAUGAAGCUGAAGGAAUUGGGUGGGAGCCGGUGCAAUUCUUCAACAAUAAAAUCAUCUGUGAUCUGGUGGAAGAGAAGCACAGAGGAAUCAUCUCUGUGUUGGAUGAGGAGUGUAUGAGGCCGGGUGAUGCCACGGAUCUCACUUUUCUUGAUAAACUUGAAGAGAAAAUUGGCAAUCAUCCCCACUUUGUAACGUGAUAUAAACUGGCUGAUAAAAAGACCCGCAAGUCUCUGGAGAGAGGAGAUUUUCGUCUUCUUCAUUAUGCAGGGGAGGUGACCUACUGCGUUGUGGGUUUCAUUGACAAAAACAAUGAUCUUUUGUACAAGAACAUCAAAGACGUGAUGCGCCUAUCAAAGAACCCGAUAAUACAGCAGUGCUUUCCAGCCACUGAGGGAGACAGUAGGAGAAGACCUGAGACAGUGGCCACUCAGUUUAAGAACAGUCUUCUGCGGCUGACGGAGAUUCUGACAGCUAAGGAAGCGUGGUAUGUGCGCUGCCUCAAGUCCAAUGACAAUAAGCAACCAGGCAAGUUUGAUGAAGUUCUGGUUAGGCACCAGGUGAAAUAUCUGGGGUUAAUGGAGCAUCUGAGGGUCAGACGAGCUGGAUUUGCAUAUCGACGUAGAUAUGAGGUUUUUCUCAAGAGGUAUAGGCCUCUUUGUCCUGCCACUUGGCCCCACUGGAAAGGUGUACCUUCAGAUGGGGUGGAAACACUUGUGCAACAUCUAGGCUACCAGCCUGAUGAAUAUAAAAUGGGCAAGACAAAGAUAUUCAUACGAUAUGCAAGGACACUUUUUGCCACAGAAGAUGCCUUUGAAAUCUGCAAACAUGAACUGGCUACAAGAAUACAGGCCAAAUACAAAGGUUACAGAGCCAAAGGAGAGUUUCGAAAACAGAAAGAGGCUGCUACAAAAAUUGAGACGUGUUGGAGAGGAGUGCAGGCACGCAAAGAGAGAGACCGCAGAGCCUGGGCUGUUAAAAUCAUUAAACAGUUUAUUAAGGGUUACAUCACACGACGUGAGGCAAAAACUACUGACAACUCUGAAUACCUGGCCUUCGUUCGACAGAGCUACCUAAACAGACUGAAAGACAACUUACCAAAGACUGUCCUGGAUAAGAUCACAUGGCUGACACCUCCCCCAGUCAUGACAGAGACCUCAGAGAUUCUGCGGCAGCUGCACACACGUAUGAUGGUGCGGAAAUAUGUGCAGGGAAUUACGCCACAAAAAAAAGCACAGGUCACCAAAAAAGUAGUAACCAGUGGCAUCUUUAAGGGAAAGAAGGACAGCUACCCUUCGAGCAUUGCUGUUCCUUUUGUGGACACUAGAAUCAAUGAACAAGACAUCAAUAUGAGGGUUCUUCAGACUAUACGACAUGAACGUAUCAAGUACAGCGUUCCUGUGGUGAAGUAUGACCGAAAUGGAUUUAAACCCAGACCAAGGCAACUUAUUCUCACUCAGGCUGCUGUAUACCUGGUAGAAGAGGCUAAGAUCAAGCAGAGAGUAGACUAUGUUUCUCUAAAAGGUGCUUCUCUUAGUAAUCUGGGUGACUCGGUCAUGAUCCUCCACGUUGCCUUGAAUGAUCCAAAACAGAAGGGGGACAUGAUACUUCAGUGUGACCACCUGUUUGAAGCUUUGACCAAACUGGCUCUGAUUGCAAACAAGCAGAAUAACAUCAAGGUUGUUCAGGGAAGCAUAAAGUUUGAGAUCCAGGCAGGGAAGGAGGGCGGUGUGGACUUUAGUGUUGGCCAAGAGCCUAUGAUUUAUAAAGGCAAAAAUGGACAUCUGAUGGUGGUGGCUCCGCGGAUCAAGUCUCGAUGAUCCAAAGGAGGUCACCAAGUCUGUGCAUAUUUCAUGAGGGGAAACCCUUAUGGAAGAUGAUAUCUUCCUCCAUCCCAUCCCAAACUGUGACACACACACAGCUCAAAAGACCACUCAGUGCUCACUAUAUGGAGAUUUAAAGAAGCACAUUGCGUACAAAUGGAAAGUUACAGCUUAAUAGUUAUUUGAAAAAAAAAAAAAAUUUGUUUUCAUAAAUGCUGCCCUCUAGGUUAUCGUUGUUACUUGAUCACAUUUCUUGUAAAUUGAAUAUUUUAUUUGGUCAUGUUCAUGCUUUGUUGAUGAGCCAUAUUUAUAAUAUUCUUUUAUACCAAUGCAUACAAACCACAAAA